UUUGUGUGUGUGAGUGUGUGAGUGUGUGAGGGUUGGACCUGGACCUGCUCUCCUCUACCAAACCCCUGCCCCCUUUAUUCUCAGAUUUUCUCGGUUAUCUUCUCCACCUGAGUCACUCCGAGGAGGCCGUGGGUUUGAAGCCGUGGUGGUGAGUCCACUCUCCGUUCUGCCCGUGAUUAAUCAGCCGGUGUGAAGUUAACGGGGCUCCACGGUCUUAUUGUAGUGCAGCAGGCCAAUGCGCUCUGACUUUGAUUUCAUGUCUGUAAAAUCCUCAGCUCCAACAAUAGUGACCACAGCUGUCAUAUUCAGACACACGAGCUUCAUUCACGCGGUGUGGACUGAGUGGGUUUUUCUGCUUUCUCGGAUUACUUGUUGUGGAAAUCUUUGAAGGAGUCUGCAGGCCGGGGCGCAUAUAAAGACAGGCCUGAGUGUGUACAGUAGUGAACAGGUGCUGCAGACUGUCUGAGGAGGUCUGCAUUACUGCGACUCUUUGAUAGUGACCGGUUAAAAACACGCGUGUGCACCACUAUCAUCUGUCUGUACCUUUCUCUAAGUGUUUUUAAUCUUACUAUGAGGACUUUUUAUACUUAUUUGUCUGAGUAUGUUAGAGCUGCAGUCUUUGUCAAAUCCCCCAUAUUUCAAAUGAAGUUUCUUGGUCUCAGAUUUUAAAUGGAAUUAUUAAAUUACAUGUAAAUCUGCACCUUUUCUGUUACUUCAGUUACUUUAUUUGUAGUUUUGAAAGUGUUUUAUGACUGUAACUGCUAACAGCUCUGAGUUAUAAAAGCCUUUUACUGAUUAAUAGAUUGUGUUCGGCAGCCCUGCCCUGCUCUCUGUCUUCCUGCCAAGAAGAUACAUCAGGGAAAUAUUGAUCAAUGCUAUUUAUUCACUUGUAAUCAGAGCCUUGCAUUUAAUUUAGGAGAUACCUACCUGAAGAGUUUGCUGCUUUGUCCAUAAAAAACUGAUAUUUGGGCUGGGCGAUAUGGAAAAAAGUUCAUCACGAUGUAUAUUUUCCGUAUCACUCAAUAUCAAUAUAUAUCAAGAUAUAGAAAACAAGAUUUUAACAGUGCUUAUUGGUAGCACGUCUUUUUACAACGUAUCUGUGAGGUCUUUGUGUCUCUUUGGCGCUUUGUCGUAAGGUGUUGCUCUAGAGAAAGCAGACUGAUUGGUCGGCUGUUUCGGCUGCACAGGCGCCAUGGGCUUCUCGCUCCUCUCGCUGGCGCUGCUUCAGGUGGUGAAAAAGAUUGGAUGUAUUCACCGACUUUGUGAGAACAUGUACUCGACAUAAUUUACAGUAACCAAAAUACCUCCACACCACCGACGUUUUCCUAACGCCAGUGUUGUUGUUGACGAUGUGGUCAUCUGUUGAGCCUUCAUGGUCAUUUCUGUCGGGGGUAGCACUCAUUUUCUUUGUUUCUCACCAACAGUGCUGUCGGCUUCACCUGUUAAAGUGCUAUGGUUGGGUGUAGGGCCCAACCGAUAUGGAUUUUUUAGGGCCGAUCUGAUACCGAUUAUUUGGGGGGGGGUCCGAUUACCGAUUAAUCUGCGAUUUUUAUAAUGUUUCUUUAAGUUAUAAAAUAUAUAUAUAUAUAUAUAUAUAUAUAUAUAUAUAUACUGUAGAUAUCAUGUAGGCUACUGCUCUUCACGCCAACAGGAAGACCAACUGGUCAUCUUAGUAAUAUUUCACGUAUUUAUUAUGAAUCAAGUCGGACCAGAAAAGCGUUUCCAACUAGCCCAUUUUGCAUUUAAUUUCUGAAAAUAUUGGCGAAAAUCGGUGAGUUUUGGCCAAUUAACGAUUAGUCUCAAACAGGCUAAAAUUGGCCGAUUUAAUUGGCUCGCUGAUAAAUCCGUCGGGCCCUGGUUGCGUGAAGCUGCUGUCUGCUACGACGCAGUUGUUCGCUACUUGGUUCAAAUUUGGCACAUGAUUGUUUCAGCGCGAAGCAGACCAGGAGCAACUCCCCUUUUCAUUGGCUAUUCAUAUAGUCUAACAAAACAUGACAAUUGAAAAGCAUAUUGACCAUGUUUUAUAUUGAUAUUCAGGGAAAUUAAUUUUGGAUAUAUAUCGUAAUUGCUUUAUCGCCCAGCCCUACCCUGUUGUCAGAAUGUAGUUUGUCUUUGUCUGGAUGGACACUGAUGUUGCUCCUAAACCUGGAGAAAGUCCAGUUGUCCUUUCCAUGCGGAGAUUCCCACUUCACAGUCCGUUCUGAAGAUCAGGACCAUCCAGUCUUGGUUCUGGUCCUUGUCCCCCCUCAGUACAGAGAUUUCUCCAGCUCGUUCUUCUGAAACUGUUGAACAGUUAGUUCACGCGGUCUCUCACAGAGUCUUAAACCUCUUCCAGACUCAGCCUCGUGUUUCUGGCGUGUUGCACAUUAACCUCAUCAGCUGGGAGAUUUUCCUCUUUAACCUUUUUAGUGUUUUGUUUUCCUACUUUAAAUAUUUUUAAACAUGUUUCUGGGACUGAAUUUGAUUUGCAGGAUUUUUAAUUACAUAUUCACCGAUUAUUGUGAGCUGCUUUUGUGAUCCGUUUGUGUCUCAUGUCCAUCGGCUGCAGGUUUUCUAUUUCUGCUGACUUUGCUUCACUUCAAAGUUAAUCCAGAUUGACGUAAACUGUAGUUUGUAAAGCUGAACUUCCUGCUUUAUUUAAAGGAGGGGGGAUCCCUUUAAUCUGAGGGUGGGGUUGGAGGUUGUUUUACUGUAUUGUUUGGGUUUGAGUCCUAUGGAUCCUGUCAUCAUCACAGGAAUGUAUAGAUCAGCUUUUCUCUGUUCAUUGAGAGGAAAAAAAGAUAUCCUUUUGGUCAGCAGCCAGCAGUGUCCCCCUCUGUCUCUGUGUUUGACUGAGCAGGGGGACAUUCCUGCAGACCCUGCAGACAUGAGGGGCCUCAGGGUGGGGGGUUGGCCUAGUAAACAAUGUCCUUGCUUGUUGUUGCACAGUUUCUACUCUAACUUUGGCCUUUUUUUAUAUUGAACCGUGUGUUUUAUAGUCUCACUCUUGUUUCCUCCUGGUCUCUGCAGCUCCAUUUAAAGUUCCCCGUCUUACCUUCAGCCGCUCUGAAUGUCUGCUCUGUUUGUUUAACAGCUCAUUAGGAUUCCUGAGAUCAUCCCGUGUCCAAGUUUUCCAGCUGGCUCAGAGUAGGAGGGCAGAGAAACAGCCUCAGAUCGAACAGCCAGGUUUGUAUAUUUUAUCCUCUCAUUACUAUUAUUUUUAGUGAUGCGACAGAUCUGAGUCUGACAGAUCUGAGGUCUGUUCAGCUCACUGUGGUGGACAACAUUUCCCAAUGAGCUUUUACGAGCUGACUGACACAUGUGAAAUACAGCUGCGUUGAAAAGUAAGUGCAUCCAGGAAGGAGGAAGACCCCCGCUAAGUGAUGAAGACCAGAGUCCAUUAGGGUCUGAGUUUCUGUGCGCAGCCGAACAAUCGUCUUCUCCUCAGAGAAACAGAGAAUAACCGAUAAAAAAUGACUUUUCUCUUUUUGUUUCUGUCUCAUUUCUCCUCUCAGCCUGCCUCUAAAGGAAAGGUAUCACAUUUCUAAACCUUUGUUUCUGAGGUUUGCUGUGUUUGUGUGCUUCUGUCUCACAUUAUUAGGUUGUAGCUUCCUUUAUGUCUGUUUCAUUUUUAACUCAAGUUUCCACAGCAGCACAUUUACCUGCACUUUACAUCGAUAUGUGAUUUUUCAAACCCGUUUUAAACUCAUGUUGUCGUUCUGCACUCAGCUGUAGGUCUUUAGAAACCGACAUAAAACAACGUUAAAUUCUCCCACGGCUCUUUCCUUCAUAUUAUCGAAGUUCUCAGUUUUACCUCCUGACACUGACACAGAUUAGUCCUCACUGAAGAGUGAGACAGCAGCUUUGUCCAAAGUCGACAUUCAGCUUUAUGUUCAAAAACUAAAAUUCUUUCACGAAGAGCUCCUCAGAUGUCUCAGGUGUCGCUCAACAGUCAGGUUACGAUGAAAGAGAGGAAGGCUCGAACCUCAGACGGCCUGAUGCUUCGAUAAAAUGUAUAUUUUGAAUUCAAGCAGCUUAUAAAAGUCCAGAUAUGAACUUUUUCCUCCACGUUAACAUCGAAUCAGAAGUGACAGCUUCAGUCAUGAAAACAAACAAACUAACUGCAGUAUCUUCGGUCGCUUUUGGACUGUGAAAUGAGCUCAAUGUCGUACCUGCUAAAAGCUGCUGAGCGUCACACAGUGAAUCAUGGGUAAUGUAUUUUAGGUUCUGUUAUGAAUCGCCAAGAGACAACAGAGAUGUCUCUGGACAGGAAAGAGUGCUGGCAGCUGAUAAGAAGUCCUGGUAUGUCGAGUUAAAGCAGUGAGAUAUACGACGUUCACUGUUGGACAACUUUGACGGUGUUACAGGGUUGAAUCCUCAGACUUACUCCUGACCUUUGUGCACCAAACUUUCUGUUUUUUUCUUUAACCUCUAACAUGAAGUAUUAAUUUUGUGUUAUUUGAGUAAUGUCGAGUCUGUUUGGGGUCAUCUUGGGGGUCAAACUAAUAAGUAAAGUCGGAUUUUGUCCAGUAGGCUGAAAUAAUCCGACUUUAUCACUUAAACAAACAUUGUUUUGACCCACACACCCUCAUCUAAUUGCUGUGCUGUAACUGUGAGACAGGCGUGUGCUGCUGAUUACAUUUCUGCUAUUUAUAGCCUCAACUGUGCAAACCCACCCUGACUCUUAUUUUUAUCUCCCUCCAGUAUGGAUCCAGCUGGAGGAAUAUCCGCGAGCAUUUAUGCCAGCCGUCUGCGAGCGGAGGGCGUGGGCUCCAACGAGCAGGCCGUGCGCUACUCCAACCAGGACUACGAGUCCCUGAAGCAGGAGUGCAUAGAGUCGGGCUGCCUGUUUGAAGACCCGUGUUUCCCAGCCGAGCCGCCGUCUCUGGGCUUUAAAGAGCUCGCCCCUUACUCCUCCAAAACCAGAGACGUGACGUGGAUGAGACCCACGGUGAGAGAACGAGGGAACGGUAUUUAUAGACUUUAACAAUCAUGGAUUUAUACCAAUGUUACAUGACCCAGCUUCUCUGUGUCUGCUCCGUUAUGACAGCGAGGAAACGGCGAUCAGUCUCCAGCUGUCACUCACAAAAACACACCCACCCUUCACCGUGACUUUAAAGCUCCUGUGAGGAGUUUUUAGCUGGGUAUGAAACAGACAGAGCGAACAUGGACGCUUCUUUAUGAACUACAAAAACAACAGAGUCCAUCAGCCUAAAGAUCCAUCAAUUAUCAGGUGGUUUUAGAUAACUGAUCUACAGAGUCACCACGAAGUCCCAAAAAGUGCAAACAUGUUGUCCAGAUAUGGUAGAUAGAGAUGCACAGGAGAUAAUAAUGAUGAUAAAAAGUUUGUAAUACCAGAAAAAGAUUUUGUGCACACCAGGAAAUAAACUCUUGUGCCUCAUAAAUGCAUCCAUAGUUAUCUUGUUUCGACUGCUGCACACGUGAUCUUUUGUGUGCGGGGGAUAAAUUCACUGUUUUCACAUGAUAACAACUUUAAAGUACAAAAUUAUCUUGAACAUACAAAUAGUAAGAUCUGUGAGAUAACUUGUGUUCACAAAUAAUGACGAUUCUGCACUCAAGAUUAAUAUCUUGUGUGCACAAGAUGUUGACCUGUGCACGCCAGAUUAAAAAAUGUUCACACCAGAAAAAGAUUUAGUUUUUGAAACUCUUCAGGUUUCAAACUAAAUUCUGUUUCGUGCAGAAAAAGCGUUUUUAUAUUUUACAUGGAAUAAUUUACAAUAACGAGUUUGUUUGACGGGUAAAAAAACUGGAUUUUUUUAAACAUGCAGAACAAACUCAACAAAGAAACGAGGCAACAAAAGCCUGAAGCAUUAAAAUAGAACAGGGUUUACAAAUAUUUACUCCCCAGAAAAUAAACUAUUUUUAAAGCUGUUUGAAUUUGUUUCGAUGAACUUUAAAUCAUCGAGGAUGGCAAUGAAGUUCAGAGCGCCGUCAGCUGGAUUUCUGUCCAGCUUAUCUGGCGCCGCAGACUCAGUUAGGGACCGUCCAUAAAGUGAAAUUCAGUCGUUUUCAUUGCGAACACGUGUGUGUAAAACACUUUCAUUUGAAUUCCAAGAAAACAGCUAAAACCACAGAGUCCUCCUCAGGACUGUGAAAUCUCAGGAUCGGUCCUCUAUGUCCAUAAACCUUCUAUUGUCCGUCUCCAUCCGGACUCUUGUGUAAGUCUGAGCAUGAGUGGAACUCCAAACUGAAAGGUAUCAUGUUAACAAACAUAUCAGUGACACGGAGUUAUUUCAUGUCUGCAGACUCAGACGCAGCAGGACAAGCAGGGACAGGAACGAGUCGGAGCUCUGCAGCUGUCAGCGUGGCGUGGUGGCAUCCAGACCACUCCUCGCUCUGACAUUUGUUUACAGUGAACCCUAAAAUCAGAGGAAGUUAACGCGUAGAUGUAAAAAGAGGAUGAGUCUCUUUAAAUCCAGAAUCCGCUCCUCUGAGACCAGAACAGGAGGAUGAAGGUUUUUGGUGCACACUGCCCUUAGAAGGCAAAUACUGGUGUUGUCCAGUCUCCAACCUGACGAUAAUCUCUGAUGAAUCUCCCUGCAGGAACUGACGGAUGACCCUCAGUUCAUCGUGGGCGGAGCCACCAGGACUGACAUCUGUCAGGGGGCGCUGGGUGAGUCCUGGUCUUAAUUUCCAUCAUUAAAUCUGACAGAGUUUGGUCGAUGUCGCUUCACGCCGAGUUCCUCCUGCAGGUGACUGCUGGCUCUUGGCGGCCAUCGCCUCCCUCACCCUGAACGAGCGUCUCCUCCAUCGGGUGGUCCCUCACGGUCAGUCCUUCCAAGACGACUACGCAGGAAUCUUCCACUUUCAGGUACUUUGUUGAAGCCGUUCAGGGUCAGGUUUACCAAGUCCACCUUUUUAAAGGUCCUGAUGAAAUCUUGGUUUUUCCUCACCGUCACUUUAAAUCACUGAAUAACAAAAUUAACCCUUUACAUGCUGAACCCGCCUCCUCCUCCCAUGGACCUAUAGAUCGAUCGUUUCAGCCUGACGGCGCUCUUCUGUAUCGCUCUGUGUUGCAGUUCUGGCAGUUCGGCGAGUGGGUGGAUAUCGUGAUUGAUGACAGACUGCCUGUCAAAGAUGGCGAGCUCAUGUUCGUCCAUUCUGCUGAGGGGAACGAGUUCUGGAGUGCCCUCCUGGAGAAAGCUUACGCUAAGUGAGUAUUGAAAGAGCUGAAUUAUUCAGGAUGAGAGCUGUAAGCAUGUCUCCAAGUGCUCUCUGAGUGAGCUUCACUCUGUGGUUUCAGGCUGAACGGCUCCUAUGAGGCUCUGUCAGGAGGGAGCACCACCGAGGGCUUCGAGGACUUCACAGGCGGCGUCUCCGAGAUGUACGAGCUCCGCAGCGCUCCCAGAGAUCUGCACAAGAUCAUCGCCAAAGCUCUGGAGAGGGGCUCUCUGCUGGGCUGCUCCAUCGACGUGAGUCGACGUGAGAGACGAUCGCAUGAAGAGCUCCUCUUUUUGUUCCUCUGAGAGUUCAUGGAGUUUUCUCUUAAAUACAGAUCACCAGCGCCUUCGACAUGGAGGCUGUGACGUUCAAGAAGCUCGUGAAAGGCCACGCCUACUCGGUCACGGGGCUGAAGGAGGUAUCAGUGUGUUUGAUUCAGAGUUAACACUUUGAGAAAGAUCCAUCAUGUUUUUAUUGGAAAUACUCCGUUUACAGGUCAGCGGUCCCUCUGUCUGUCUUCUAGGUCGAUUAUCGUGGAAACUUGGAGCGCCUCAUCCGGAUACGUAACCCCUGGGGUCAGGUGGAGUGGACCGGAGCCUGGAGUGACAAGUGAGUGUUUUUCAAGUGUCGGUAAUGAGUUUCUGCAAAUCUAAAUAUUCAAGGUCUUUCAAUUGUGUGUCUUUUGCGAGCUGAGUCCUGACUCCAGAACUCUGUGGGUCUGUCUGAAACACUCAGGUCUUGUUUGUCUGGACUACAACAGAAACUAUAAAGAGUUUUCUCUGAUCUCUCCUCAUCAACAUUAUUUUCAUGAGCGUCUUCUCUCUCGUCUGUCUGUUCAUGUGCAGCUCCUCUGAAUGGGAUGAGAUCGACCCCUCAGAGCGAGACGACCUGAACCAGAUGGAGGAUGGCGAGUUUUGGUAAGAUGUCUCACUCUCUGCAGGAUUCUGGAUGAAAAGUUAAAACGUUUAUCUAAAAGCGUAUCUACUUAUGACCUGAGUCCAAACCUUCUCCUGAAUCCUCCAGGAUGUCCUUCAGGGAAUUCCUGCGUCAGUUUUCUCGGCUGGAGAUCUGCAACUUGACUCCUGACGCUCUGAGCGAGGACGGCAUGAGUCACUGGAACACCAUCAAGUUCUACGGAUCCUGGAGGCGGGGCAGCACGGCCGGAGGCUGCAGGAACCAUCCCAGUGAGUCCUCAGAGAGUAGAACAGAAAGAAACUCCUCUUUUCCUACAGCAUCUGUGUAAGUGAACGCAUCGUCUCUGCAGACACGUUCUGGAUCAACCCGCAGUACAAGAUCACGCUGCUGGAGGAGGACGAUGAUCCGGAGGAUGACGAGGUGGCGUGCAGUUUUUUGGUGGCGCUCAUGCAGAAGGACCGGCGCAGGUUUCGGCGACAGGGUCAGGACAUGCACACCAUCGGCUUCGCUCUGUACGAGGUCAGAACUUGGAUGAAGAGUCUUUAGAUUUCAUUUUUUAAUUUCUCUUCAUUCAUUAACAUCGUUUUCCUGUUUUUUUCUCUCUGUGCAGAUUCCAGAGGAGGUAAGCAGAGUCACAAAGUUUUGUACGAUCUUAGUGUCCAAACCCGCGAUAGAUCAUUUUAAUAUUUGUUGUUUCUUCUUCUCUCAGUUCAGGGGCUGCCAGAACGUCCACCUGAAGAAGAAUUUCUUCCUGUCUCACUCGUCGUGCGCUCGCUCUGAGACCUUCAUUAACCUGCGGGAGGUGAGCACUCGGCUCCGCCUUCCUCCAGGAGAGUACCUCAUCGUUCCCUCCACCUUCGAGCCCAGCAAGGAGGCCGACUUUGUCCUCCGAGUCUUCACUGAGAAACAGUCAGAAACAGAGUACGAGUCUUUUUAUUUAACGUGGUUUCAUUGUCGGUUUGUUCAUCAGAUUUUAACUCACGUUCAUAAAUCCACAGAGAGCUGGACGACGAAGUCUCUGCAGAUUUGGGCGACGAGGUAUGAGGAACAAAAACUAAAAACUAAAAUGUUUUAUUUGAGUUUAAGUCGGUCAUGAAAAUAAAGUCAUAUCUUUAUAUUUGCUUUUAUACAGGAGGAAAUAACCGAAGACGACAUCGACGACUCCUUCAAGUCCAUGUUCGCUCAACUCGCCGGAGACGUAAGAUCGAAAAACAAACUCUUUAAAUCCUCCGUUUGGUGAAGGAGGAGAGGUUAUCUGGGGUCACGAUGACUGUCUGAGUGUUAAAGUCACUCUGACAGUUACAAACUUUAUGACAGUUACAAACUUUAUACAUAAAACCUCUGACCGUCUUUCACUCGGUUCUCUCCUGACUCGUUUUCCAGGACAUGGAGAUUUCCAUCCGUGAGCUGAAGACCAUCCUCAACAGAGUGGUCACCAGGCGUGAGUUUCUAUAUUUAUAUUAUGACAUCAGUGACUCCACAGUUUACAGACGGGUAAUAAAUGUCUCAUUAGUCCUUGAGGUUCCUCUGCAGAGUGAACACAAACCUUUCCCUCGAUUAUUUCAGCCUCUUCAGGAUCAUUUUUGUGUUUCUGAUUUGUGUUAAUUUACUUUCUCAGACAAAGAUCUGAAGACGGACGGUUUCAGCACUGAAUCCUGUCGAACCAUGGUCAAUCUGAUGGACGUAUCCUCUCAAGUUUAAAGACAGUGAAAUAAAACCUCUUUCUUUGAUUGUUAGAAACAUAAACUAGAGCAAACCCCGGACUUCUGUGUCUCUGUGAAACUAACAUCACUCCUCUCUAACCCGCUCCGUCUUUAUCGUUUUCUCUCCUUGACUCGGUGUCGAUCAGAAAGACGGCAGCGCUCGGCUCGGUCUGGUGGAGUUUCAGAUCCUCUGGAACAAGAUCAGAAAGUGGCUGGUGGGUACGAGGAAACUCGACGUCAGGAGACAUUUAGAUAAACUUCUUUUAACCGCUUUCUUCUGUCUGCGUCUCUCAGGUCAUUUUCAGACAAUACGACCUCGACAAAUCCGGCGCCAUGAGCUCGUAUGAGAUGCGUCUUGCCGUUGAAGCAGCGGGUAUAUUCCUGUUAAAUUCCACCUGUGUUUACAGCACACACUCUCACCGCUGAGUAAUGAAAACUCUGCUGAUAUUUUAACUCUCAUCCUGCAGGUUUUAAACUCAACAACAAACUGAACCAGGUCCUGGUGGCUCGAUACGCCGACAACGAGCUGAUCGACUUCGACAACUUCAUCUGCUGCCUGGUGAAGCUGGAGGUCAUGUUCAGUGAGUGGAUUUAAUUUAGAUAUGUGUGAAAUGAAGAGAGUCACAGGAAGACUCACAUAGUAAGAGUCCGUUAAAGGCGGGGAUGUUGUUGAGGUUUUGGCGUCCACAGAGACCCUCAUGGUGGGUUCUGAGUCUCACAAUGAGGGUGUAAAUAUGAGGAUGAGGGUUCACUGACAGGAGUGUCCUCACUGACGGAGCUCGUACCUGAGUCUUUAGGGUGAACGGAUCAUCAGUUCAUUUCAAAUUCAGUUUUUAGAGUUUAAUCUUAAAUUAACAUUAGUUUAACGAGUCUGAGUCCAGGUCCAGGUCCUGAUCCAAAACCACAACACUUAGACUUGUUAAAUCUGGACUCAAUUAUCUGAGAGAGUCUGCAGACUCUUUCAAGCACAGUUUCAGAUUUGUGAAACGUUUAUUUUUUUCAGAUCCAGAACCAGAAUGUCUAGAUUUGUUGUUCAGGAAAAAACAUAAAAUCUCUGAGAACAUUAAAUUCACGUUUGAUAACAUGAGACAGAAAUGAGGCUUCUGUGUUCAUUGAAUAUCAGCAAGUUGAAGAGCAUAAAAGAGAAUAAAAGUGUACCUGAAGUGUAACCUGGUGGUACACAACAGGUCAUUAUAUUUUACUAUUUUGUCUUGUAUAUAGUGUAUAAACUUGUAUAUUAUCUCCUUUAUUUUUACUUAUUUGAUCUAUAAUUUAUCUCCUUUUUCUACUUUAGUUGCACUGGAGUUACUGUAAAGCCAUUUCCUCUGAUCAUUAAAGUAUUUCUGAUUCUGAUUAUAUCAUUAAUAUUAGAGACAUAGGAGUAACUUUUACCCAUGGUGCCUGCAGAGGGUCUCUGAGGGUCACACCAAACCCUCAAACAUCUGAGCGUCUUAUUUUUUGGAAAAUGACUCUUUAAAUCUGUUUCUCCUGCAGACUGUAAAUUCAGUGUAAAAGUCUCUACAGAGACUGUCUGAAGUCUGCAGGAUCUUUAAAACCCUCCACCUUUAAAACGCAGUCCUGCUGCACUUCCAUCCAGAAGAAUUAAGAUUCCCCUCUCUCCUCUGUGGGCGGCUAAAAGAAGGUCGAUCCUCACUUUGAGGAGAGACGUUUCAUACUCUAAAAACCAGAGUGGAGUUUCUCAAAGAUUUUAUUUUGAUGCAUAAAAGCUCAAAUCUAAUUCUCAAAAAGAUCAAAUUACCAAGAACUGAAGAAAUAAGAUUCAGGUUCUUCUUUCAGAGCUUCGAUUUGAAACUCCAUCAGCAGGAAACAUUUUGCAGCAGUGUUUCUAUGUUUACCCGACAUGUCAGUGUGUACUAGUGCGACCUCUGCUGACCAAGAGUGGAAACUUUUCUCUUCAGGGUCUUUCCAGGAGUUUGACAAGGAGGGGUCAGGAAUGGCUGAGAUGAACCUCACAGAGGUCAGUUCUGCUUUAAGAGGAAAUAUCAGUUUAUUUUUAAUGUUUUCUGGUUAAUCUGACGUCCUGGUUUGGUGUUUUAGUGGCUUUACCUGACCAUGUGCGGCUGAAGAGGACCGUCGUCACUGAAGGAGGGCUCGGACACUGCAGCCGUGUUCCUGAAGACCCCCCAGCCUUACACACCCCACCUCAGCCUCAGUCUAGAACAGCCAAACCAGAAACUAAACAGAGCCGAGAGUCCCAGCCCAGUUUUUUUAACUAUGCAAACCUCCAGUAUGAAGCAGUCGCCGUGCCACACCGUCGUCAUCAUCAUCAUCGUCUCUGCAGAAACAGCAUGAGUCUGUGCAUGAGGAAAAUCAGCAGUAACGUGCAAUGUUUGUCGAUUUGUAUAUUUCUCAGUUUAAAUUUUGCCGUCAGUGAACGUCAGCUGUGAAGAUAACCAGAACUCUGUUUUUUUAUCUCAAUGAUAAAAACACAGAAGAAGAAACUUGUUACUGUAGAAGGAGACGCUCCGAUAGUUUGACUUUUUAACUCGUUUCCUUUAAUUUUAUAUUUUUGGAUGAAGUUUUAGCAGAAAUGAUCUCCUCAGUGUUGAGUCGUGUUUAAAUAAUCUCACCAGUAGGUGGCAGUACAGACUAACUAACAUCAGUGAUAGUUAGUUUUUAAAGUUUCCUCUCCACACAGAUUAUUUUUAUUCAUGAUUUUAAAGUAAAGCAGCUAAACUUUUUAAUUUUGCACUAAGUUUCCAGUUUUAGAAAGUCGCCUCACAGUAAAUAUAAACGCCGUUUGUCCACUCAGUGACACAAACAGGGAUCACAUGACACUGAAUGCCUUACACACGUCAGAGGAACAGUUAUAGGAAAGUGCCAGUCAUGUGUUUUUGUGUUGUGAAUGUCUGUCGUGCCUUUAAUAAAUAUUUCCCUCAGUCUUU